AUGUCUUCAGGGUUUUAUCAUUUGUAUUUUAUUAAAGACUUUCUGACCCCCCUACAAAACGCUGCAUUUGAUGCAGUAUCUAGUUACGAAAAUCUUGAGCCUUUAUGGAUAGCUGGAACAGAUGCCGUUGAUAAAUUUAAAAAUUCGUCUCCUAAAAGCUGUUGUUUCGUUUUCGGUAAAUUCACCGGACCAAGCUAUGAACACUUUAAAGCUCUUGGUUCUGCAGUAUUUGGGCCACAGGCGUUACUUGAUUAUUUACGUGAAGAGAAACCUCUUCCUAAUGUUUCCUUCCCAUUGUUCUCUACUGCGUUAAGAAAUGCUAAUGUAACAGUAACAUCAGUCGCCGGUCAACUUAGGGAGUAUUUGUUUUCUUCUAUUGAAAUGCUCCACGGGAUUGCAUCUAGAAAUUUAACAGACGAUGUAAAUGUCAUAAUCUCCCCCAAAGUUGGCUCUAAAAAAUAUAUCGUUGGUGCCAAACGUGGAAUUGCUAUCGUUACCCCAGAAUGGAUUGACGAAGCAUGGAAAUCGUCAGAAGCCUUAGAUCCUAUUGACAUGAUGGCUUCUAACUUUUUGGAGAAGUACAAACUCCCAAUGUUCAAUCAACUAGUUGUUUGUGUAUCCGGUCUCACUUUAGAUGAACGAAAAGAGGUCGCUAAAAUAGUCUCAGUGAACGGUGGGCAAUAUUCAGGUGAAAUGAAGAUUGGUUUUACAACGCAUUUAAUUGUUAAAAAGGCAGGAGGUGUCAAAUACAACUUUGCCAAAAAGUGGAAGGUUCAAAUUGUCAAUGAUCGUUGGUUAACAGAUUCAGUAAAUGCUGGUUAUGCUCUUGAAUGUUCAGAAUACGAAGUCCAGGAUAGUCCCCACCAAACUGGAGUACACAAACACUCGACUCCCACUUCCUCAAUGCUUCACGAUCCAAGCUUUCUUCGCGACGUUUCGGCUAUUACUGACUCAAAAACCUGCGACGAAACACGGUUUAGUUGCCUCAAAGAUAUUACUAACAGUACUCAUUCUAGAUUUCUACCUGAACAGCUUUAUCUCUGUGGUUGUGUUAUCCUACUUUAUGGCUGUGAUGCCGCCGAGUCGUCGAGACUUUCUUCCAUCAUCAUGGCUGCUGGCGGUGUAUCUUGCGUUGAUGCUUCAGACAAAGUUACUGAGUCAUUUACUCAUGUUGUGCUAGGAUCAAGUUGCAAAAAAAUCCCCCCAUCAGAUCUUGAACAAAAUGUGCAUUAUGUGAUAUCCGAGUGGCUGGAUAAAUGUCGUGAACAUCGUAAACGUCUACCAGAAGAUGAUUUUAAGCCUGAGUUUCUAAAUAAAACUGAAACGCCUGGACAAAAUCAAGUAAACCAAGGUAAUUCAGAAACACGAGUGGAUGAGGAAGAUAUUCGACUGAUAAAUGAGUAUUUCAAAGAUGGAAAUAUGGCUGAUUUGGACGAUUUCCUGACUCUAGAUAAUGAUAAUAAUGGCAACCCUGAGGAGCAAACUGUUCAAGAAGGGGAAGAGAAAACUGAACGACAACAAACAGUAGUAGAUGAGGUGAACGAUGUUCAUUCCCAAGAACUAGAUAUUCCAGAUGAAAUUGCUAUUUCUCGAGAGGGACUGUUUUCAAAUCUUUUAUUUAGACCGGAUGUAACAUUUUCUAUUACGGCUAAUCCUGCACUUUGUUCUGCUAUAACAGACGAAGGAGGAGCUGUUAUUAAUGACUCUUCAGUAGGGGCAGAUUAUACUAUCUGUCCAUAUAUUCUGCGUCAAGCUGUUACUCCUAAUAUGAUCACACCCUAUUGGAUUCACUCUUGUCUUGCUGCUAAAACUCUCCUGAUCUCUGAGUUAGAUACGGAAGUUGGUUUCCAUCCGGUGUAUAUCCCUGCCUCGGUGCCUAGCCUUCCACUAGAGGGUUGUGCGAUCUCACUCAGUGGUUUUGUUAGUAAUGAUCGAUUGUUUCUCACUGAUCUCGCCAAGGGAUUAGGAGCUACUGUACAAGAGUGUUUCCUUCGCAAGCCAAUCCCAUCUCGAAACCUGUUGGCUAGUACUCAUCUUGUGAGUGCUCGGCCAGACGGUAGAAAAUUUCCCGCCGCUCAAUCCUGGGGUAUCCCGGCUGUAUCUUGUAGUUGGUUAUUUGCCUGUGCUACAGCCGGAAAACGAGUACCGGAGUCCGAACAUCCGGUGAAGGAAAAUGAUCCAAUGGUUCCAAAGGAUUGGACUAAAGUGGUUAAUAUCCAAAAGUCAGGGGUCUUCCAGACUCCUCAUCAGACGCCAAAAAUAAAUGCUAAUCGACAAUCGAUCGAUGGUAAAAUGCUAAAAACUCCUACUUGGGUGAAGGAAAACCAAGCGCAGACUCCUACUAGUGGACGCUUUGAGGGCAUUCAUGUUUCUCCACCAAUGUCCGAGAAGGUUUCAAGGUGUUUAAAACAAGCGCUGCUGAAAUCUACCAUGUCUGGAUCAGACUUCAAAUCUGUGGAGGAUAACUCUCGGAAUAGCACAGGAACUGCCGGGAUACUGGACGGUGUAGUGAUUUGCGUAGCUAGGUCAUUGAGUGAUCGUCAGAUUACCCUGAAUGAUCUCGCAAAACAGUUAGGUGGGGAUUUCAGGUGGAAUUUCGAUAAAUUGGUAGGUAUUGACUGUUAUGCUUAUUGUAUUUUAUGUAUUUUGGUUUGGUUUGCCUGA